AUGGCGCUAAGCUGCGAAGCCGAGUCCUCAUCCGCCGCGAUGAAACGAUUUCGUAGGCAUCGAUCAAGCAAAGCGCGCAGGCUCAAAGCUACCUGGGCAUCAGCAAUACUCCUUUCAGCAGCUACGACCGGCGUCGACGCAUUCCUUGGCAUCGGAGAGAAGCGCUUCAAGUACGAGGGCCUCAUCAAUGCUGGAAGUCUAGGUCUCGACUCGAUCACAGGACAAGUAGCUGCUUGGGGGGACUACAACGGUGACCAGUUUUUAGAUGCCAUCGUCGUCGAUUCGGACCGCCAAACAGCAAGCAUACACCUGUGGGAUCACACAAGGUUCGGCUUCGAUCACAAUCCAGCGUGCUCAGUCCAAGUUGCAACAGGACAAAAGAUUAGCAAUGUCGUUGUAGCAGACAUCAACUAUGACGGCCGACUCGAUCUACUCGUCAUGUCCCAGAGCACUUCAAGUUCCUCGAAGCAGCUUUCGAUGGAUGUCUUCCUUGGCGCAUUAGACGGAAGUGGCUUCGACUCAAUACCCCUCACCGUACCGCCGUCAAUAUUGGCGCAACCUAUCACCAUUGACGCUUCUGGUGAUAUGCAGAUGGACUUGUUCGGAAUCCCCUUCACCGACAACCCAUCUACACCCAAAGACGCUUCCGACCUCAAAGUCUGGCGAAACUUGCUGGUCGGGUCCGCCAAUAACACAGCUGCUUUCGACAUCGCGGACUCGCCGCUGAUUGAUGCGACCCAGGCACCAGCCUGCAAGCUCGCUGAUCCUCACAGCUCCGCUUUUGUCGACCUCAACGGUGACUGCCUUGCGGAUCUUUUCCUUGUAUGCUCGGAGGAGUCCUUCCUCAGCUACAAGAUCACGUACCAGAUCUGGACAGCAGUGAAACCGAACUUGAAGGGGGAAGCCUCCGGGUUCAAGCUUGCUUCGUCGGGUGAUCUGCCACCAGGCACCGGCUCGCUGAGCUUCGGAGACAUUGAUCGCGACGGAACGAUCGACGUCAUCUUCCCCACUUGCGAUCGCAGCGGCGAUAAUUGUUUCAUCAAUGUCGCGUUCAAUCGACAGAUGCCUUUGUGCUCACCUCGCAUAGAUGGUCUGUUUGGUGGUGGACCUGGUUAUGGCUCGUUGUCCAACAGCAAGAGGGCCGGUAACGAAGCAGGCUCUCCAGAAGACGCUUCCUAUGCAAGUUCGACGAAGCGGAAACCCAGCCGACAAUGCAGAGAAGCAGAAGAUCUCUGUGUCGCCGAUGACAACUUCCGCAUCGACUUCACGGUCAGCAAGGACAAUGCCAACCUGCUGCGUGUUCCUGUCGAAAAGCUCACAGGCGACAGUCGCAUUUUAUUGACCGAUAACCUCGCUCCGUCUUACCUCAACUUUCCAAACCCGCUUCAUCUCGGCGACUACAACAAGGAUGGGUAUCCAGACCUUGUGCUGGUCACCAUACCCGAUCGGGCUGGGUCUGGAGGCCGCAACAGCCCGGCUGGCAAAGGCGAGACACGAGCACACAUCCUCAGAAAUCUCGAGUGCAGCAAGGUACCGGCGAGCGAGAAAGCAAAACUAGGCUGCUCGCCGGAUCGACCAGAAGGACGGACGUUCAUCAAAGUCACGGGAGGUGCCAAUGCACUAGAGGUGCUGAGGGAUGUGCGCAGUGCUAGUUGGCUUGACAUCGAUGAGGACGGCAGUUUGGACUUGCUCUUACAGCGAACGCCGUCAACGUCCGAUGGGACGGACUCGAGCCGUCGCAUCACGUUCAUCCAGAACAACUACUUCCACGACUCGUUCUUUCUCAAAGCUCUCACGCUCAAUGGUGCUUGUCAGGGCUUCUGCGAACCCGAGGCUGCGCCCAAGUUCCGUCCGUGGGGUACCAACUACGGAGGUGCUUCUUACAAAUUUACGGUGCUCGACCCUAACGGUGUACGAAGAGCUCAGCAGGUCGGACAGCUGCCUCAAACCGCGUACCGAACACUUCUGACGCCAUACAGCUACUUUGGCCUUGGACGAACGAACAAUUACGUCGAGUCGCUGUUCAUCGGGUCGACAAGGCGACAGAAGGAGCAUUACUUGGCACUAGAGGGUGUGAUUCCCAACAGCCAGGUUGUCAUCAAUCCGUGGCAAGGCGGUCGAGGUAGUGAGAACGAGAAGGGUGGACCGGGCACGUGGACGAAGCAGCUCUACCUGCAACCGGGAGACUGGAUCCCUUGGGUGACAGUGGUGUUGAUCACUACGAUUGUAGGUCUGGCUAUUGUUGUUAUUGUCUUGCACGUCAACGAACGUAGGGAGGAUGAGCGCGAACGCAAGCGCGCUGUCCACGCCAUCAAUUUUGAUGCCUUGUAA